UAUAGUGACGUAGUUCUGACUGCCUCCUCAGUGCGCAUGCGCAGCCUCGGCACACGUGAAGCAGACGGCAUGGCAGAGAACACAGAAGUACCGUUGGACCGGGCUCAGGUGAAAAAGGCCGUCCAGGCUCUGCAGAGUUUCCUGAAAUCAAAGUCCAGGGAAGAUGUUCUGCUGCUGGAUGACGGAGAGCCGAUCAGCCUGCUCUUCUCCCUGUGGAAGAUCCCCAGACAGACGCAGACCAUCCGCAUCCCUCUGCCUCACGGCCAGCGCUCCGACACCGACCAGGUCUGCCUCUUCACCAAAGACGAGCCCAGGAUGACGGCGGAGCAGAACCAGAGGUUCUACAGGAAGCUGCUGGAGGAGCGCGGCGUCACAAGCGUCUCAGAGAUCAUUCCGCUGAAAACCCUGAAGAAGGAAUACAAGCCGCACGAAGCGAAGCGGCGGCUGCUGGGGAACUUCGACGUGUUCCUGUCGGAUGAGCGGAUCCGCCGCCUGCUGCCGUCGCACCUGGGGAAACAUUUCUACGCCACCAAGAAAAUGCCGAUCUCCAUCAACCUGCAGAGCAGCAAUCUGGGCCGAAACGUCCAGCGGCUCGUCCAGGGAACCCGACUGACCGUCACCAACAGAGGCAGCUGCAGCAUGGCGCGCGUCGCUCACGCCAACAUGACGGCAGACGAGGUGACGGAGAACGUGGAGGCGGCCGUCCAGACGGUGGCCGCCAAGCUGCGGAUGAAAGGAUCAAUCGUGAAGCUGAUCCACCUGAAGAGUCUGACCUCGGUGGCGCUGCCCAUCUACACGUCCGACCUGAGGCGCGGCCGCGUGCUGCAGAGACCCCAGGAAAAAACAACGAAGGGGAAGAAGAACGAGGCGGGAGACGAAACGACGAAGGAACAGAAGAAGAAGAAGAAACAGGGGGAUGAUGAUGAUGAUGAGGAGGAGGAAGAGGAGAUUCCACAGCUGGUUCCCAUAGAAACGCCCAGCAAAAGACCCAGGAUGCAGGUCGGCGUUUCCUCCUCCCUCUGCAGUCCGACGUCGGCACCAAGUUCAUCCAUUUAUGUUCUUAUGUUUCAGAAACCAACCAGACCCGCCGCAGCAAAGAAGGUCACCACGGGGUCAAAGGUCACCACGAGGUCACCGGUCACCAAGGCUUCCAUCAAAGCAACCAGGAAGGCCGGCAGGGUGGCGCAGAGAGGAAGGAGAAAAGUCCCUGGAGGGAAAUGAUUCUCCUCGGAUGCAGUUUCUGUUCGAUUCGAGUUCUUAAAUCUGAAAAUGGCUGCAGCUGAUUCUGUUCCACGUUUCAACGUCCGCGCCUCGUCGGCAGGAACAAACAAACAUCCUCGUUUUUAUUGAAAGGACAGGAACGGAAUCAGAAUGUCGAUUUUAUUUUACUGAACCUCAGAAAAUGGAAAAGUUUGAAAGUUUUAUGGUUUUCGCUCAACAUUUUCAGUUAUUUCUGUUUGAGUUAUGGCCACCAGAGAAAUGCAUCUAAAAAAUGUAACUUUUCAUGUGUGUAAAAAUUACAUCACUUUAAAAUAAUGUCAUGGAUAAAAUGCCGGUGAACUUUGACCUUUGAGCUUCUAAAAGGGUCACUAACGGCUGAAGUGACUGUCGGGGUAAAGAGUUAGUUGUUCACUAACAAGUUUUCACUUAAUUCAUGAAAUAAAUGCAUAAAUCAGCUGUUAAA